AUGGAGAACCACGUCUCGGGUCAGAGCAACAAGCCGUUGACAAAGCCUGCACACGCUCUUGAAAGGGACGACCUCGUGCAGCAAUUGAACACUGACUCUGAGAGGGGCUUGUCGUCCGAAGAUGCGUGCCAGAGGCUCGAAGAGUUUGGCAAAAACGAACUGGAGGGCGGUGGAGGAGUACGACCGCUGAAGAUCCUGCUUCGCCAGGUCGCCAAUGCCAUGAUGUUGGUCCUCAUCAUGGCCAUGGCGGUCUCGUUCGGUAUCCGCUCCUGGAUUGAAGGCGGCGUGGUCACGGCAGUGAUCAUCCUGAACAUUGUCGUGGGGUUCUUCCAAGAGUUUCAGGCCGAGAAGACCACGGAGUCGCUGCGGUCACUCUCUUCUCCCACCGCAAGUGUCAUUCGAGACGGCAGCAACUCCACCAUUCCCGCUACAGAGCUCGCUGUGGGUGACCUCAUCGAACUCAAAGUGGGCGACACUGUCCCUGCGGACGUCAGACUGCUCGAAUCUAUCAACUUUGAGACCGACGAAGCCCUCCUCACCGGCGAGUCGCUGCCCGUUGCCAAGGACGAGGAAGCCGUAUUUGAUGAAGAUACGGGUCCAGGAGAUCGACUGAAUGUCGCAUACGGGUCUUCUACAGUGACAAAGGGUCGCGCAAGAGCAAUAGUGUUUUCCACAGGCAUGCACACUGAAAUCGGAUCGAUCGCAGCUGCGCUCCGGCAAAAGAGCUCCAAGGUGCGCGAGCCCAAGCGACGACCGGACGGUACUGUUAACCCGUUGCGCCACGCCGAGUCCUGGACCCUUACGUUCACCGAUGCUGUUGGGCGCUUUUUGGGCGUCAACGUCGGGACGCCGCUUCAGAAGAAACUCUCCCGUCUCGCCAUGUUGCUCUUCGGGAUUGCCGUCGUCUGCGCCAUCAUCGUCCUCGCCGCCAACGAAUUCUCUGACAGACCCGAGGUGAUCAUCUACGCUGUUGCCACGGGUCUCUCCAUGAUUCCUGCUUCCCUUAUCGUGGUUCUUACCAUUACUAUGGCUGUGGCAACCAAGAGGAUGGUAUCCAGGAACGUCAUUGUCCGGAACAUCAAAUCGCUAGAAGCGCUAGGUGCUGUUACGGACAUCUGCUCAGACAAGACAGGAACCUUGACCCAAGGCAAAAUGGUGGCCAAGAAAUGCUGGAUUCCUACCCGUGGCACAUACAGCAUUGGCUCCUCCAACGAACCAUUCAAUCCCACCCAGGGGCCUUUGUCGUACAAUGACGCUGCGCCGUCGCAGCAAGGUGAGAAAGGUGUAGAUGACGGCGAAGAAAUGGAAUACUCGAACGCCCUGGAAGAAAAUCAGGAGUUGAAAGAUUUCCUCCUGGUUGCCUCGCUGUGCAAUCUUGCACGGGUCCACCCUAACAAGGAGGGCUCCUGGUCCGCCAUUGGAGAUCCGACCGAGAUUGCUAUCCAGGUCUUCGCUUGCCGCUUCGACUACAGCAGACAAAAAUUCCUCGACGAGAAGAAUCCCAAGCUCAAGCAGGUCAGUGAGUAUCCAUUCGACUCGGAUGUCAAGAAGAUGUCGACUAUCUUCGAGGACCUGGAAACAAAGGAGCAAAUGGUCUACACCAAAGGCGCCGUGGAACGGAUACUUGACUCCUGCACCCGCACCAACUGGGAUGGGCCAGAGACCAUCGAGUUCACCGAGCAGAUGAAGGAAAAGGUCCUGGAGAACAUGGAGGCUCUGGCAUCUCAAGGACUCCGUGUGCUUGCCCUUGCGAGCCGUCCGUACAGCCCCCAACAUGGCCGCCGGGCAAGUCGAGAGGGACCCCCUCCUCGCGAGGAAGUGGAACGUGACUUGAUAUUCCGCGGCCUUAUCGGUCUCUAUGAUCCUCCGCGACCGGAAUCUGCCCCUGCGGUAAAGAGCUGUCACCGUGCUGGAGUCAAAGUGCACAUGUUGACGGGCGAUCACCCGGGAACAGCCCGCGCCAUUGCCAUCCAAGUGGGCAUUCUACCACCCGAUAUGUCCCGCCUCUCGCAUGACGCGGCCAAAACAAUGGUCAUGACCGCGAAAGAGUUUGACCGGCUGAGUGACGAGGAGCUCGAUGCACUCCCCGCACUUCCACUCGUUGUCGCUCGAUGUGCUCCUAACACGAAGGUCCGGAUGAUCGAAGCACUCCGGCGCCGCAACGCCUUUAUGGCCAUGACUGGUGAUGGCGUGAAUGACUCGCCAUCGCUCAAGAUCGCCGACGUCGGCAUUGCCAUGGGCCAGGGAGGAUCGGACGUCGCCAAGGAAGCUUCCGACAUCGUGCUGACCGACGACAACUUUGCCUCGAUCCUCAACGCCAUCGAAGAGGGGCGACGCAUGUUCGACAACAUCCAGAAGUUCAUUCUUCACCUGCUGGCCGAGAACAUUGCCCAAGCAGGCACUUUGCUUAUUGGACUUGCGUUCAAAGAUAGUACCGGCCUCUCGGUCUUCCCUCUGGCACCUGUGCAAAUCAUGUGGGUCAUCAUGAUCACAUCCGGUCUGCCCGACAUGGGCCUUGGUCUCGAGAUCGCGGCGCCCGAUAUCCUAGAACGACCACCAAUCUCGCUCAAGGCCGGCGUCUUCACCUGGGAAGUCUGCUUCGACAUGCUGGCCUACGGUAUCUGGAUGGCCGCUCUGUGUCUGUCGUCCUUCCUCCUGGUAGUGUAUGGAUUCGGCGACGGAGACCUCGGCGUCAACUGCAACGAGAGCUACUCCCAACGAUGCGACACUGUCUUCCGAGCCCGAGCCACCACCUUCGUCAGUCUGACUUGGUUCGCCCUCUUCCUCGCCUGGGAGAUGGUCAACAUGCGGAAGAGCUUUUUCCGCAUGCAACCGGACAGCAAGAAAUACUUUACCCAAUGGAUGUACGACGUGUGGCGCAACAAGUUCCUGUUCUGGUCAAUCAUUGCGGGCUUCGUCACAAUAUUCCCCACGAUAUACAUACCUGUGAUCAAUCAUAGUGUCUUCAAGCACACGGGCAUCUCUUGGGAAUGGGGUAUCGUCUUUGUCGAAGCCCUCCUCUUCUUCCUCGGCGUCGAGGGAUGGAAGUGGGGCAAGCGAGUAUACUUCCGCCACCGGGCAGCGAGGCUCGGAUUCACCGCGGACGACUUGGAGAAUAUGGUCUUCGAUGACUUUUAUGGCCACGAUGCUAGCAACGGCAGCACUAAAGUGGCUUCAAACAAGGCGUUGGAAUGA